AUGGCGGAUUGCCCAGGGUACAGUCUGUCUGGCGUGGCUGCCUCCUUGCUCUUCAUUCUGCUGACUGUGAAGCACCCAGAUGAAUUCAGGGUCACUGGUCCUGCCCUUCCCGUCCUGGCCAAAGUUGGGGAAGAUGCCCUGCUGACAUGUCAGCUCCUCCCCAGGAGGACAGCAGCACACAUGGAGGUGAGGUGGUACCGGUCCGACCCCGAUGCGCCUCUGAUUGUGCACCGGCAUGGAGCCCAGGUGGCAGGGCUGCAGGUGGAAGGCUACAGAGGCCGGGUGGAGUGGACAGAGGACAGUGCUGACGAGGGAAGUGUGUCUCUGAGGAUUCGCCAGAUCCACCCAGGUGAUGACGGGCAAUACUGGUGCCGAUUCCAGGAGGGGGACUACUGGGGAGAGGCGAGCGUGCUGCUCCAAGUGGCAGCCCUAGGAUCAAACUCAAACAUCCACAUAGAGGGACCUGGAGAAGGAGAGGUCCAGCUCGUGUGCAUCUCCCAGGGCUGGUUCCCUGAGCCUGGGGUCUACUGGGAGGGCAGCUGGGGAGAAAAGCUGUUGAGCUUCUCUGAGAAUCACAUGCUGGGUGAAGAUGGGCUGUUCUAUGUAGAAGACACACUAGUGGUCAGGAACGACACUUCAGAGACCAUUUCCUGCUCCAUCUACAACCGUGACCUCAAAGAGGCCAAGGAGGCCACCAUUGUCCUGCCAGAGAAACUGCAGACAGAGCUGGCCACCUCAAGAGUGACUGGACCUUCCCAGCCCAUUCUUGUCCGAAUCGGAGAGAACAUAGAAUUAACUUGUCACCUGUCACCUCAAGCUGAUGCUCAGAGCAUGGAGGUGAGGUGGGUCCGAUCCCACUAUUAUCCUGCAGUCCAUGUGUCUGUGGACGGGGCCCACUGGGCUGGAGAGCAGAUGGCGGAAUACAGAGGAAGGACUGUGGUGAUGCCUGAUGCCAUCCAUGAAGGGAAGCUGACCCUGCAGAUACAUGAUGCCAGAAUUUCAGAUGAUGGGGAGUACCGGUGCCUUUUUGGGAAAGAUGGUGUCUACCAGGAGGCCCGUAUGGAUGUCCAGGUGAUGGUUUCAGACUCCAAGAUAGCUUUGUUAUGGAUGGCCCUGCCUGUUCUGGUGCUGCCUCUUGCCAUGGCCAUUGACCUGAUCAAGGUGAAGCACCGCUCCAAAGACCCCAAACACCACAGCAAUCAGCAAAAUCUCAAGAAUGAUGAAAGCCACAGGAGGGUUUCCCUCUGA